AUGGUUCAUCAUAUGGCAUUGAUCGCUGAGAUGGGUUUCGAGCUUAGUGUGGAGGAGCGUACACUCUUCAGCACAGCUUUCAAGAAUGCUGUCGGGGCAAGGAGACAGGCAUGGCGAGCUCUUACCAUGCUCGAACACAGGGAGCGAGGGGAGGCUGGGAGGAAGUCGAUCAAAGGGUAUCGUGCGGUCAUUGAGGAGGAGAUCAGAAUCCUAUGCAACAGGAUAUUGGACAUCCUUUCGAAAGAAAUCUUGCCGCAUGCGACGACAUUCGAAUCGAAGGUCUUCUUCUACAAGCUUCAAGGCGACUAUCGCCGGUACCUCACAGAGUUCGAACCCAACACCCAGCUGGCCGAGGACGCCCAUGAAAGCUACAGGAUGGCCUCAGACAUUGCAUUGAAUGACCUUCCUCCUACCAACCCCAUCCGGCUCGGCCUAGCUCUCAAUUUCAGCGUCUUCUACUAUGAGGUUUUGAACUCUCCAGAGCGUGCUUGUCUACUGGCCAAAGCGGCCUUCGAUGACGCUAUAGCGGCUAUGGACAAUCUGGAUGAUAACGAGCAAGCUGCGAUUCUGAAGUGUGUCGACUAA